AUAAACGUGUGAAAGAAAGUUUACUCCAUUCUAUAUUAUAUAUAAUGGAAGAUUAAAGGGCAUUAUGGUAAUUGCAGUGGUACCACUUCCCUAUAUAAAGAAGAUACAUUUCUUUCAACUUUGAUGAAAUGAAAUAAGUAAUAUACUAACACAAAUUUAUAUAUAGACAAAGGUUGGUGUGUCAGUUUUAGAAGAAAGAAAUAGCUGACUAGUUUGAGGUUUCAGAAGAGAAAUUAAGGAAAAGAAUGGGAAUUGGAUUAGGAGGAGGUAGCAGUUUGGAUGAAACGUCGUCGUUUAUGGUUGAUUUCGUUAAAAAGUGCGGUGGUUACGCGGUGGUGGAUGGGGGAUUCGCCACCGAGCUUGAACGACAUGGUGCUGACCUAAACGAUCCUCUAUGGAGUGCUAAAUGCCUUAUCACUUCACCUCAUCUCGCUAAAAGGGUACACUUGGACUACCUUAAUGCUGGUGCAAAUAUCAUUACUAGUGGAUCUUAUCAGGGGACAAUUCAAGGUUUUGAGGCAAAAGGAUUUUCAAAAGAAGAAGGAGAAGGUUUGCUUAGGAAAAGUGUGGAGAUUGCUUGUGAAGCGAGGGCAAUUUACUAUGACAGAUGCACAAAAGAUUCUUGGGAUUAUUUCACCCAUAACAAUGAUCAAUCCUCUCUAAGGCGUCCUGUUUUGGUUGCUGCUUCAGUUGGCAGUUAUGGCGCUUACUUGGCUGAUGGUUCUGAGUAUACUGGGAAAUAUGGUGAUGAAGUAAGUGUGGAAAAGUUGAAAGAUUUUCAUAGGAGAAGGGCUCAAGUUCUGGCUAACUCUGGGGCUGAUCUUAUUGCAUUUGAAACAACUCCCAAUAAGAUAGAAGCUCAGGCUUAUGCAGAACUUAUUGAGGAAGAAGAAAUAGAUAUUCCAGGUUGGAUCUCAUUCAGUUCGACAGAUGGAAUCAAUGCAGCGAGUGGCGAUUCCAUCAUGGAAUGCGCAGCCAUAGCGGAUUGUUGCAAAAAAAUUGUGGCCAUUGGGAUUAACUGCACUCCACCUAGAUUCAUCACUACUCUCAUUUCAUCUAUUCGAAAGGUAUCUAGUAAACCAAUAGUGAUAUAUCCCAACAGUGGCGAGACAUACGACGCUGAAAGCAAGCAAUGGAUAAGAUCGAAUGGAUUGGUAGAUGAAGAUUUUGUGUCGUAUGUGGGAAAGUGGCAAGAGGCUGGGGCUUCCAUAUUCGGAGGCUGUUGUAGGACUACACCAAAUACAAUAAGGGCCAUAUCCAAACUUCUUUCUGCUGGAAACUCUUCUAAAUACAACACUUAAUUACCAAUCAAUAAUAUAAAUAUAUAUAAGUGCACAUAAUACAUAUGUAUGGGGCACCCAGCUGUUUAGUUCUUUUUGUCUUGUUUUGUAAAUAAAUAAUAAUAAUAACCAAAGAGAAUAAGAAUAAAGACGUACGGAAGUAACAAGGUUGUUUAGUA